AUGAGGGAGGCAGUCUUGAACAGGAACAGACACAAGAACAGGAACAAGAACAGGAACAAGGACAAGGACAAGGACAAGGACAAGGACAAGGACAAGGACAACGACAAGGACAAGGACAACGACAAGGACAAGGACAAGGACAAGGACAAGGACAAGGACAAGGACAAGGACAAGGACAAGGACAAGGACAAGGACAAGGACAAGGACAAGGACAAGGACAAGGACAAGAGGAAGAGGCAGUUGCUGGGCAUGCUGACACCAGCAUCAAUCUGGCUUCAGGCCAGGCCUUUAUAG